AUGAGAGAUUUAUAGUCAGAAUUAAGAGCCCUAUAUAUUAAAUUAGGAAUAUUUUAUGUAUUUUUAAUAUUUGAUUUGAUUUGGUCAUCCUUUAUUGAACCAACAACAAUGAAUCAAAUUUCGCAAGAUAUAAAAUAGGGAGAAACUCAGAUACUAUGGAUGAGUGCCCUUCAUAUCAUAAUAACAGGAAUCAUAUUUGUGUUGUUUUGCACUUUGAUGUGGCAAACUUAACCGCUUAAAUUGGGUAUGGUUAAACUUCUAGUUAAGGAUUUUUUGUAUGUUUUUUUGGUUAGCGGAUUAAUGCUUAUCUUAGUUGUGAUUGAGAGAGUAGCCAUAUUUAUUACUAAUACUACAUCAAACUCUGUGAUUGUAGAAGUAAUCAAAGAAAAUUGGUUAAGUUUCUUCUAUCAACUCUUCUUUUAUAUAAGAUAUAUAAUCAGACCAAUUUAUUUAUUUGUGAUGCUACAUGGAUCAAUGAAAAUUGCCAAACCCUAUUACCACAUGAGAAACCCUGAACUUUUCCUUAAUUGA